AUGUCAGAGAAGCUGAAAGCCGCGGUGCUGCAGUCCACCGGCGUCCAGCCCGAGGGCGUGUCGGUGGCCUGGGACUUUGCGGAGGCCAAGCACAAGGUGGACACCGUGCUGGAGCAGGAGGCCGAGGAUGGCGCCGACGGCCACGCGGACGCGCCGCCAGAGCCGGAGACGGCCUUGGGAAAGGCGGAGGUUUGGGCCACCGACCAGGUGCUGCAUGCCUGGCACGUGCACUUGGAGCAUCACCAUGUGGGCACGGAGGAAGUGAAGUCCCUGCUGAACGGCAUGUCUUCCACCCCCAUUGCCUACGUGGUCUUCAAGAGCCAGGAAGACAAGGUGAAGGCUACCCGCGCCGGUGAGGUGACCGUUGAUGGCAAGAGCUGCAAGCUGAAAGACUGCAAGUAUGCGCCGGAGGGGCUCUUUUGGCACAACAUGGCGGUGACGCCGGAGCAGCGUUCUGGCAAGGUCCUCAUGGCCCUCCUGGGCCUGGUGGUAUCCUGCGCCAUUUGGACCUUUAUCCUCUACAUCCCCUACGCCUUCUACAUGGCCUCUUUCUCCUAUGCCAACGGCGACGAGCCCGGGGAGUUCUCGGAAGGCAUCUUCAUUUGUCUGGUGGUGGGCUCGCAGAUCGGUUUGUUCGUUGUGAGCUCCAUGGGCGCGAAGUACGCGGCCUUCCACAGCGAGGACGAGACGCAAAAGGCCUACACCGUGUAUUAUAACGCUGCGUUGAUCCUGAACCUGAUCCUCGACCUGGCGCUGCAGACCUACCUCAGCUAUCUUCAGAUGGUGGGAGUGGGCGCCCACACCUCCGAUGGCCGGCUGCUGGGCGAUUUGGACAGCUUUCAGCAGAUCUUCGAGUCCUACCCUGUUCAGAAGUCCAUGGGAAAGCUGCUCUUUGUGUACUGCUGGCCCUGCACCUUCUUCGUGCCCUUUCUGGCGGAGCCCUUCGCGGUUCAGUGGCUGCCCAAGCAUUUGGGCCAGUACAUCGUGGGCGCGGACAAGCGCAUCAAAGGGGAGAAUGCGGAGAAGGCCCUGGAGCUCGGGGAGAUGGAGCAGGGCCGCUUCGCCGAUUGCAUCUUCAACGUCAUUCUGCUGGUCUGCGUGCCUUUUAUUUCCCCGGCUUAUUUGGCCCUGGUCUUGGGCGCUCUCAUCUUCUCCCACCUCUACCUCUACAUCUAUGACACAGUCAAGGUGCUUCGCUACGUGCGGAGGUUCAACUUCAGCGGUCCGGAGGUGCAUUGGCUGGGCAUGCAGCUCUUCGCUAUCCCUGUCAGCAUUCUGGCAGCAGCUCUGGUCUUUAAGACGAACCAGAUGUCCGGGGGCGACACCUUGGGCUCGGGCUACCUCAAGGGCUACGCCCUGGGCGGUGCGUGCAUUGCUGCGGCCGCGCUGCACUUUGUGGUGCACUUGGCGCUGCUGGAGUUUGUGGUGAAGCCGAUGGGCGAGGCGGAGGUGGAGACCAAGGACUCGGCGAAGUACGCGGACGCGGCGAAGAUCUGCCCGGCCACGUACUUCUCCACCAACCCCAUCCACUGCUUGCGCUCCAAGUACAUCCUGAACCACAGCCCUCCGCAGGUCUUCUAUGCACCUGGCAAGGAGCACCUGGCCAAGACAAAUCCUGCGAUCGGCGCCUACUACGAGUUCCACGGGAAGUGA